UUUUAAACUUUACUUUCUCUGCUUUAUCAUUUAACAGGUCAUGUUUUGUCCUUUCUGUGGGGUGAACCUUCCAUGCAUCCUGGUAUACUGUAGCUCAUGCUACAGAAAUGUAAGGUUCCUAUUGAGUCUUCAAGAUGAAGGUCAUGAAGCUACUUCACUGGAUGGACUUAUCCAAAAAUAUUUCACAGAGGGCCAUAGUUAUGAAAUAAUAGUCGACUUACUGAAAUCAAAACACAACAUAUCAGUCAGUCUUCGCAAUCUAGAACGAAGAUUAAAAGAUGCAGGCCUGACCAGAAGACUGAACUACACUCCAAUUGCUACUCUGAGGACAGCUAUUUCUGAGGAGCUAAAGGGAUCAGGCCAUCUUUUAGGAUAUAGAGCGAUGUGGCAGAUAUUGAAACAAAAACACUCUUUUGUCGUCAGACGAGAUGAUGUGAUGCACCUCAUGGCAGAGCUGGAUUCAUCUGGAACAGAGAAUCGCAGCAGACGUAGAUUUGUUCGAAGGGCAUAUCAUUCAAUGGGACCAAACGAAACCUGGCACGUUGAUGGGUAUGAUAAAUUAAAACCUUUUGGAAUUGCAAUAAAUGGCUGCAUUGAUGGCUUCUCCAGAAAAAUUAUGUGGCUGAAUUGCGGAAAGACCAACAACGACCCUUCAGUAAUUGCUCAAUACUAUGUCAACUGUGUAGUUGAGCAUGGAGUUUUUCCAAAGCGGCUCCGCACAGAUUGUGGCACUGAAAAUGGCACAAUGGCCGCCCUUCACUGUACCCUGAGAUCAGAGCAUACAGAUGAGUUUGCAGGUGCUAAAAGCCACAUGUAUGGAACUUCAACAUCAAACCAGCGGAUUGAAAGCUGGUGGUCCUACUUCCGGAAACAAAGGAGCCAAUUUUGGAUGGAUCUUCUCAGUGACUUGAGGGAGCGACAUCUUUUCAAUGGCAGCCCUGCACAUACAAAUUUUGUGCGAUACUGCUUCCUGGGAGUUCUGCAGAAAGAACUGGAUGAAUACAAGCAUUAUUGGAAUACGCACACCAUUCACCAUUGUUAAUAAAUUAAAUAGUCGUUUGUGUGACCUCAUACCACUUUUUUUGCCCUCUUAUCACCAUGACACCAGGGGAAAGCAUAUGCUAAAAGGCAAAAACAGAAAAUUAAAAUGUACAAGCUUCUCUGUCUGUAUUAGAGGUCCACAAACUUGGAAUAUUUUAGAAAAUGACGUUAAACAGUCUGCAACAAUGUACAUGUUUAAAAGGAAACUGAAAUUGUUAUUAUUGUCAACAUACUGUGAAAAUGCUGCUCCAACCGAAACCAUCUAUUAACGUGUUUGUGAUUUCUUUCUGUCUGUUGACACUUAUAUGGCCACACGCCAGAGUUUAUGUUGUUCAAAUUCAUUGUCCCUUUUGUCUAACACUUUCCACUAUAUCACCAUCAUUUCUUGCAUU